AUGGCACAGCAACACCGCAUUCUAGAGGCUAGUACCCUAUCGGCAGCCUUGUCCAAGAGCUCUGCACUUAGAGCCGUCUUGGAAGAGCAUCGUUCCGUCCGCAAUCGUAGUAUUGAAAAGGUAGGACCCGUUAUGAAAGGUCGCUUGGUGGCUACCAACAAAAGACUAGGAGUCCCACGUAGAGAGGGCGAACGGAAAGCCAGUAAUCUGGCGGUAUCAAAUUGCGAUGGUUCUUUCUACAUCGUAAACGUCAAGAUCGGAGGCCAAUCACUGCCGGUAAUUAUUGACACGGGAAGCUCGGAUCUAUGGGUCGAUUCCUCUCUUUGCGACGGGACCUGCACAUCUUCCAGCAUUAGCCGAUACGACGCCUCCAGGUCAUCUACUUUCCGACCAGUAGAGGCAACCAAAUCGGACUUUCAUAUUGAGUACAUGGAUGAUACCAUUGUCAAAGGUACUCUUGGAUUCGAAACUCUUAGACUAGGAGAUAUCGAGAUCACUAACCAAGUGUUCGCCCAGGCUUCUUCCGUGAUCAACAAUACAAAGUUGUGUAACGAAGUUGGAUUACUAGGACUUGGCCUUGGGGAGAUCUCCAGUCAAAACUUCCCUGCUCUCCUCAGCAAUUUGAAAGAACAGCAAAUUACCAUGUUCUCUCUAUAUUUGACCGAUCACAACGACUACCAGCUUUUCAUGAACAAAACAACCGAUAUUGCUCAUCCGAUUCCAGGCCCGCCACCAGCCUCCGCUGAAUCUGAGUUCACCGUUGGCGGGGUGAACCCAAAACGAUACAGAAACUGCUUGAGAUGGCAUGAACUCGGUCAGUUUCGAGCUAAAGGCAAAGCCUUCAAGGGAUACUGGGAUUUUGCCCUGGAUGGAGUCAAGGUUGGAUCGACUGAAAUUCCCUCGUCCAGCCUUGCAAUGGUGGACUCCGGUACCACCUUGUCCAUCUCCUCACGAGAAACGGUAGGACGCAUCGCGAAGAAGCUCGGUGUGAAAUGUUUUGUGUGUACCGAUAGCGUGGAAGACUUUCUUGAAGAAGUUCAGUGCGAUGAUCCAUUUGGCUACGAUUUUGCUGCUACUUACUGUUCUGAAACUGAAUCCUCGACGUCUUUGACAUUCGUUGCUGAUGGGAAAUCAUAUCACUUGACUUCUUCAGAGCUCUUCCGAGAAAUUGAAGUUGACAGUCAUUCACCUAUUUGUACUCUCAACUUGGAAGGAGUUCCGGGAUUUCCCGGGUGGCUACUCGGCAUGAACUUUUUGCGCAAAUACUACACUGUAUUUGACUUCGGUCGGAAGAGACUUGGGUUCGCCGAAGCCACUACGAAUAGUGCAACGGUUUGCAAAGCGGAUUCGAGCUACUUUAUCCAUGACAUUCCGGACGAUGCUAAAACAAUAACUUCUACCCCGUCCGCAUCCCCAACUUCAUACUAUACCCCAACUCCCCAUUACGCUACGUCUUCCAACAAAGACGUUUCUGGUGCGCUAUCAGGAUUUGUUUUCUUUGUUGCGGGUUCUUUUGCUGGGUUUCUAUUUGUUGGGUUUUUCUGUGUCGGUUUGGCGAUCGGGUACCGCCAACAAGCUCGAGCACCAACAACAAAAGGGUAUUUGCAAGUGAGAACCACCGAUCCAGAAGAGUGUACCCGUGAAGUUGAACUUUCACCUUUGAGAUAG